AUGAGUGAGCAGGGGAGGGAGACAGACGAGGAGGAGGGAGGUGGUGCUUCCGACACAGCGCCCAUGCUGCCCUGGGGACCUCCCGACCACCAGGCCUCAGCCCUGACGUGCCCAGGGUGGUCGGGGCCCCUGCUGCUGCCCGGCCGGCUGCUGGCCGGGCUCCUGCUGCACCUCCUGCUGCCGGCCGCAGCUUUCCUGCUGGUGCUCCUGCCCGCGGCGGCCGUCGUCUACCUGGGAUUCCUGUGCCACUCAAGGGUCCACCCCGCUCCCGGUCCCCGGUGCCGCGCGCUGUUCUCGGACCACGGCUCCGCGGCGCUCAUCGUGUUCGGGCUUCUCUCGCUGCCGCCGCUGCUGGUACUCGCCUCGGCCGUCCGCACCCGCCUGGCCCGGCGCCUCCGCCCGCUGCUGCCUCCGCCCGCUGGGACCCCCGGACCCCGCCGCCCCCCGGGGCGCCCCGACGGGGACGAGCAACUCUGCGCCUGGGUGUGACCCGGCGGCGGCUGCGAAACCCCGGGAGGCCUCCGAGCUCCCGCGCGACCCCAUUGCGUGGCCCCGCCUGGAAAACUGAGGGUCGCCCUCCGCUGCCCCUUCCUGGCUGGGGGCGCAGCGCUCCCGGCUUCCGACCCCGGCUUCCCCCGCCCGCAGC